AAAUAAGUGUGCAUUCCAUUGCAAGUCCAUUUUUGCAGGCGACUUGCAAAUGAAGGAAUGAUUAUUUCAGUUUUCUUGAGAUUUUCUGCAUUUGCAAUAUUUCUUAAUCUGUUGGGUCCUUUUUCGAAAACAUGUAUUUGCAUCAGCUUUUCUCACUUCAAUGUCAUCCUCCUCACUUCUGCUUCAGCGGAAGAGGAGAUGACAGUAUAUAAAUCUCUUUUAGGACUGAGAGUCUGUGACAGGAUGGACGUCAUUGCACUCAGGUUCAAGAAUCAGGUUCAGGUUUCCCUUUAUGGUGCAGGAUAACAUUCAAUGGCAUUUCUUGUCAAACAACAUUUCUAAAAGUUUUAUCCCUUCCUUUUACUAUUGCUUCUAGAACACAAAAUAAUCCUACUUUCAGAAUGCUGAAUUAUAAAUAAAUGGCACAAGUCAUUUCAAGAGCCUUAAUAAAAUUAAUGCCUGUAGAGUGGUUCAUUCUUCAAAAAAAUGUUCUUUUGUGUUCAGCAGAAGAAAGAAAUUCAUACAGGUUUGGAAUAACUUGACGGUGAGUAAAUUAUGACAGAUUUUAAUUUUUGUGUGAACUAUCCCUUUAAAACCUGUUUCCAUACACAUCAGAUGUCACUAGAUGGACAGUGGCUCACUAUGGCAACAGUACACAGUAGAGACAGGAAUCAUUGUUCAGCAGGUCAUUACUAGAGACCGUACAAAACUGUGUUUUGGGAAACAAGAACGAUAAUUCUGUCAGACUUGAUAAUGUCAUCAAGUCCUCAGGUAUCUCACAGCCAAAGUGUCCUUCCCUUGUUCGUGGGUAAAGGCAGAAAUAUCACCUUCGUUCUGGACUCCUCUGUGGGAAUAAAUGGCUUUUUGGGACCAGUGAAGAAUCUCAUCAUACAAACCUUGAUUACUAAAGCUUCACUAAGAGACAAGCUCUUCAACAUUAUCAGCUUUUCAUACAAGUCAACACCGUGGUCUUCUCACAUGAUGCCCUGCACCCCUGAUGUAGUCUAUGAAGCACUGAGCUGGAUCCACACAUUACAGACAAGUCCUGGCAGAGACCUCCACUCAGCACUGGCCUUAGCUUUCUCUGACCCUGUCUGUCAUUCUGUCCACUUGGUGACCACCGGUCUCCCAGACAACCCAUCACAAUGUCUAGCUUCAUUAUCAACCCUGGUGACGCGCCCCGUGAAUACAUUUUACAUCUCUGACAAGACUCCCAUGAACACGGACAUAUCAGACUUCUUGCAGUGCAUCACCUCCACCACUAGAGGAAGCUGUUACGUCAUGACGCUCAACUCAGCUGGCAACGUGGACCAGGUCAGUUUGCUGUAUUCAACGGAUGACUUGAUUCAAAAGCCAUCAUACUCUGAGGACCCGUGCAAUUCAGUGGACUUCAAUCAGGUCCCAAUCUACAACUUCACAAGUGUCUGUUCCUUACCAUACUGGUGUUCCCCUAUGAAUCCUUUUAGUACAGUUUCAUGUGUAUCUGCAAGGGUAAUGCGAGGUGCUGAGCUUUUUCCUGGCUGUCGUGUGUUAGCCAGAAGAGAGAUAGAUGGGUUUUACUACAUGGGGACAAUCAUACAUCAGGGCAGAGGAAAUCUUUACACGGUGGAGUUUGAUAAGUUUGGACCUAAAGGAAAUACAUUCAUGGACACAUUAAAUACAAUUCAACCAAUUUGCCAGCCUGAUAUGGUCAGUCUAGCCAGUGCACAUAGGCACAGUAUUGUACCAGGAGACACUGUUCUGGCACCGUGGGAGCCAGACAUGAGACGAUAUGGGCCUGGAAGAGUCAUCUCUGGUAUGGAGCCAAGAGAUCCACUUAAAAGUGACGAAGGUCUUUUGGGACUCCAGGUUCUCUUCUGGAAUGGGAUGACAAUUCAUGUUCCCAAACAGCUGUCAGUAUGGAUUCCAGCCUCUCAUCAUGAGCAAAUUAUCAAAGACCUCCAUCAUUAUUCAUCUCGGCCAUGUUGCUACAGGGUUUCCCACUGCGGCACCAUGAAUUGUUUUGAUUUGCCAUGUCACCAAUGCAACCACCACAGUCUGCCCUCCAUCCCUCCAUGCCACUGUCCAGUCAAGAGAUGCUGGCCAGUGUUCAUGCCAUCUCCACUACUGAAUAACCAAAGGAGAGAUGAGCUGAAGAGCAAAUUAGAUCUCCAACUGAAAGAACUACAGAGCUCUCAACAGACACAAGUGCCUUCGUGUUCUUCAUCAUCAGCCUCUGACUCAGAUGAGAAUGAGGAGGAUAAUGCAGCUGAGAAACACAGGCCUUCAAGGUCAGAACUUGUGAACCGAUCAAUAAACACAGACAUUUCCUGCCUGAGAAAGCCAUACGCUCAACCUGAGACCAGACUGGCCUGGAGAUACUGGAAAAGGGGAUCUUCAGAACCACAGCACAAGAAACCAGGAAGAGCAGUCCCGUCUCCAAAUGUCAGCCAUUCUUGGCCUAGGGACACUGGGAAUUCUGGGAGCUCUACAGAUAACACUAUGAUGACCAAUCACAGCUCUUUAUUUAAGCUGGUUCCUGAUUCACCAAAAAGAAGAGUUAAUAUGAGGGAAAUAUUUGGAUCAGCACAAGGCCAACUAAACUGAUAGUUCCACAGCCAAAGUGUUCUGAGUAUCGCCAAUGUGGACAGUUUUCGUCUGUGACUUUGUGUCCUGCAUUGCUGCUGUGAUGGAAUAGGUGCCUGGAGACACUUCAAUGAAGAAAUCCUCUGGUUCUGAUGACCCCUUCAAACAAAUAUGUAGAUGAACCAAAAGAGUGGAUUUGCAGAAUAAACUUUGUAAAUAUGGCCUGGUUAAAUAUAGUUCCUCUAUGCUCAAAACCAACAUGAUUUACUAUGCUUAUACGUUAAGUUCAUACAAAAUAUGACAUUUCACACUGUGACCCCAAUUUAUCGUCAGCUUUUAAAACUGGGUAAUGGAACAUUUCCCACUUGUACUGUGGAAGCAGAGUUAGAACUGCUUUUUACCCAGGUUAUGAAACUCUUCACUGGAGCACUGUUGCACCAUUAACCAAACAUGUCCAGUGUGAAGCAAUGUGGUGUUAGAAUGUUACAACUAGAUAAUUAGCAACAGACACCUGAUCACCCGGCUCAUAUUCAUGUGCUUUGGACAGUCACUGAAAAACUUGAUAGCAAUUGCAACAGCCUAUGUAUGGUUUUAUGUAAACAGACUGCAUGCGUCCAAGCAAUGACACAGACUCUUCAAAUAUGCAAAGAACAUCAACACCUGGUUUAGAAAUGUACAGUUUGAAAUGUCAGCAUACGAAUACCCAGGAUUAAUUUUUAACCCCAAAUAAA